UUGGUUUGUUUAAAGUGUAUUAUAGGACGAGCUAUUGUACCGUAUACAUAUAACUUGACAGACUACGCUCUUGUCAAGAUAUCGGUGUCAAGUGAAACCGGUGCACAGUUCUGUGUGAACGGCAAAAGUGUUCGAUGGUUUUUGCCAGAUUAUUAUUGUCGACUUAAUCUCUGCUCCUAUAUUGGAUACGAUAUGUGUAAUAUAUUGGAGAAAGCCGGAACACAUACAGUUGAUGAACUGGUCAAAAAACUCAACUUUAAUCCAAAUUUAAGAUUCCCAGAACCGCCGUGUUUCCUUGGUUUAGUCUGUUUAACCGACUUUUUUGGGGGCAAAUAUCAUAUUGAAUUUGCAUUGGAUUUUAAAAAUGUUACAAUUGCACAUUGGAAAGUACCGAUGAGCAGAAAAUAUUUGCAAUUAGCUGAAUUUGUUGACGACGAUGAUGAUGAUGUCGAUUGA